AUGCUCUUAGAAGUGCCGUCAAUAGGCCAUUUGCCACGUUCCUCCAAAUCCUUCACCCACCCGUCACUCUCUCCUUUCCCGGGGGCCCAAACCGCCCCUCCGCCACCAUUAACAGCCGCCCUGAACCUAAGACCUUCCAAACCCCAUCGCCACCUUCGAAAAUGGGAAGCGCACCCGUUCGGGAGAUUGCGUGAAAGCUAUGCUGAUCUCAAUUUCAGUCUCAAUAUCGCUCCUAUGCAUCCCUUCCGCUGCGCCACAUCAUCGUUGACGAUCCAUGGGAACUCCCACGUGACGCCGGAUUCGCCCUCCGAUCCGUUGAAUAUGAGCCGGAGCUCGACUAUCUGCCGGGUCCUGUCGGCGCGCGAUUCGCUUCCGCCGGAUCAGGUUCCAGGUGGAGCGGUCGUCGGCAGUAGCAACAACAACAACAACCAUCAUAGCCGUGAGUUGAAGAUCAACAAUAUAGCCGGAAAUGGCGUUUCUGGGAUUUUGUACAAAUGGGUGAAUUAUGGGAAGGGGUGGAGGCCGAGAUGGUUCGUUCUGCAGGAUGGGGUGUUGAGUUAUUAUAAGAUCCAUGGGCCUGACAGGAUUGUGGUCAAUCAGGAGACUGUGAAAGGGUCGACGGUGAUUGGGGAAGAAUCUAUGCGGCGGCUGUCUCGGCACCAAAACAAUCACAAUCAUCAUAGGAAUGGAUCUGCAAGAGAGUGGAAGCCCGUUGGUGAAGUUCAUUUAAAGAUAGUAGAUCUCAUGGUCUCCUUCCUUUCCUGCGUAGUUGUGUUUCUUGAAAAUAUGGUCUCAACUAUCCGAGAGAGCAGAUCAGAUGAUAGAAGGUUCUCAAUUUUUACUGGUACAAAGAGGCUCCAUCUGAGGGCUGAGAGCAGAGAGGAUCGGAUGGCAUGGGUGGAAGCGUUGCAGGCUGUGAAAGACAUGUUCCCAAGGAUUUCCAAUAGCGAGUUAAUGGCUCCUGUGGACAGUUUAGCUGUCUCAACUGAAAGAUUGAGGCAGAGGUUGUUGGAAGAAGGUGCGAGUGAGACUGCCAUUCAGGACAGUGAGCAGAUCAUGAGGAUAGAGUUUGCUUCACUGCAAAAUCAAUUGAUGGGCUUGAGGCACAAGUAUUAUCACCUCUUGGACACACUGGGCCAGUUAGAGACAGAAAAGGUGGAUCUGGAAAAUACAGUGGUUGAUGAAAGCCAGAGACAGGUAAAUGAUGUGGGGGAAUCAUCUGGAUUAAGACGAGAUAAGUUUAGUGAAAGUACGACUGAAUCUGAAGAUGACAAUGAAAGAAUGGACGCGGCUGAGGAAGAUACGGAUGGAGAAGAUAAUACUUUCUUUGACACCCGAGACUUCCUUUCAUCUAGUUCUCGUAAAAGCAAUGAGUCCGACUUUAGGGCAUCAUCUUUUUCAUCUGAUGAUGAUGGAAUUCAUGCUUUUGAAUCUGAGGAUGGUAUUGAUCCUGCCAUUACAUUUGCUGGAAAAAAUUUUCCGAAUGUUAAGCGUCGAAAGAAAUUACCUGACCCCGUUGAGAAAGAGAAAGGAGUAAGUUUGUGGUCAAUGAUUAAAGAUAACAUCGGGAAGGAUCUUACUAAAGUAUGUCUUCCAGUCUACUUCAAUGAGCCUCUCUCUUCUCUACAAAAAUGUUUUGAAGAUUUGGAAUAUUCACAUCUUCUCGAUCGGGCUUAUGAAUUGGGAAAGAGGGGUAACAGUCUCAUGAGGAUUUUAAAUGUGGCUGCAUUUGCUGUUUCUGGAUAUGCUUCUACCGAAGGAAGAAAUUGCAAACCAUUUAAUCCAUUGUUAGGCGAGACUUAUGAGGCGGAUUAUCCGGAUAAAGGACUCCGAUUUUUCUCAGAGAAGGUGAGUCACCAUCCCAUGAUUGUAGCAUGUCAUUGUGAAGGUACAGGCUGGACGUUCUAUGGUGAUAGCAACCUGAAAAGCAAAUUUUGGGGUCGAUCCAUUCAGCUUGAUCCUGUUGGUAUUUUAACUCUUGAGUUUGAUGAUGGAGAAGUCUUCCAGUGGAGCAAGGUAACAACGUCUAUAUACAAUCUUAUUCUGGGGAAAUUGUACUGCGACCACUAUGGAACUAUGCGGAUACAAGGGAAUCGUAAUUACUCUUGCAAACUGAAAUUCAAGGAGCAGUCUAUCAUUGAUAGAAAUCCUCACCAGGUCCAGGGAGUUGUCCAAGACAAAGGUGGAAAGACAGUAGCUACUUUGUUUGGAAAGUGGGAUGAGAGCAUGCAUUAUGUUGAUGGGGACUGCUCUGCCAAAGGAAAAGCUCCUGAAUCUGUUCCGGAGUCUCAUUUGCUUUGGAAACGUAACAAGCCUCCCAAGUUCCCUACGCGUUAUAAUUUCACACGCUUUGCUAUUACACUCAAUGAGCUCAUCCCUGGGCUGAAGGAAAAGCUGCCUCCAACAGAUUCUAGGCUUAGGCCUGAUCAGAGGUGCCUGGGAAAUGGAGAGUAUGAGAUGGCUAAUGCUGAAAAAUUGAGGCUAGAGCAGCGGCAACGGCAGGCUAGAAAAAUGCAAGAACAAGGCUGGAAAGCACGAUGGUUCGCUAAAGACAAAGGAUCGGACGCAUAUCGGUAUGUUGGAGGCUACUGGGAAGCUAGAGAACAAGGAAACUGGGAAGCAUGCCCAGACAUUUUUGGUCAAAUACCUUCCGACCACUUAUUGGACGAGUAAUGCUUUCUUUCUUUUUUUUUUUUUUAUCGUAACUAUUUUAUACUCUCCCUUCAUGUAUUCUGUACGCAAUAUUUGAUGGAUAAUGUGUAUAGUUGUUUAGAUGAAGCAGCUAAGUUGUUUCUACAGUUGUGAUAUAAUAUUCUUGCCAUUUUUCCCAAUUUAUUUUUUCUGGGCAUUAUUACAUUCAGCAUCAACAAGGGGGUAAGGUAAAUAAAUCCCCCCCCUUCAUUUUGUUGGCUUUUGGUACUGUUUUAGUGAACAUUAUUUCAGGUAAUGCAUUGACGGUG